AUGGUGAGUGUAGAACCAGAAGCUGGCCCUUCAAAGCCAUCAUUUACUUUUCCGCGAAAACAAUAUAAGCGAGCUAAAUAUGCAACGGACAUUGACGACUUAGAUGCGGAUAUUGUACGUAGAACUAUUCAUGAGUUCUACGACAAUCGUGAAUAUCCGACAUCAACUAAAUUACUGAGUAAGUACCAUGAAAAAACUAAUUAUAAGGGAUCCAAAACUUCAAUGUGGCGAAUUUUAAAGUCCUUGCAUUUCAAAUACAAGAAAUGCAACGAUGGUAGAAAAUUUCUUAUGGAGAGGAACGAUAUAGUGGCAAUACGAGUAAAAUUUUUACAAACAAUGUGUAAUUUAAGGCACCACAAUGAUACGCGCCCUGUCGUUUAUUUGGACGAGACCUGGGUAAAUCAAAACCACACUCGUGGAUACAUAUGGCAGAACAAACAAAACUCCGAAGGGUUGAAGGUGCCUACUGGAAAAGGGAGUCGUUUGAUUAUCUGCCAUGCCGGGUCAAGUUCGUUUGGAUUUGUAGCAGGUUCGAAAUUAGUAUUCCGUUGUCAAUCUGGCACAAGUGUGGACUACCAUACCCAAAUGAAUUCGGCCAUAUUUAAAGAAUGGUUCAUUCAAAUGUUGAAACAUUUGGAAGAACAACCCAUUAUAGUUAUGGACAACGCGUCAUACCACUCCACUACAACAAUAAAUUACCCGAAGUCAAACGCCAAAAAAUCUGAUAUUCAACAGUGCUUAACAGAAAAAUGUAUAGAUUUUUCGUCGAUUGAAACUGUGAGUGAGUUACGUGAACGGGUAAAAGCUGCAACGCCUAGAGAAAAGGAGUACGAACUUGAUGGCAUUGCUUUAGAAAUGGGACAUACAGUUGUACGAUUGCCACCAUACCACUGUCAAUAUAAUCCCAUCGAGCUUAUAUGGGCUUAA